CCCGUUUCCAAGCCUAUUGAACGCGGCACUUCUCCGUCCGGCCGGUUGUCUGGCAACUCUGACAACUGCUCCCGCAAAGACAUCCACAGUCCCCUCGCGUCUGGGUGCUCUGUACCAUGGAGCUGUUCAGUGAGUGGCUGUGGAAGCAGGAAUACUGGCUUCCUCCUGGCAUCACCUGGGAGGACAUGGCGCAGAUACAGGGCUCUGCCUGCCCGCUCCCCAGAGACCUGCUUGUUACGCUGCCUCUGGCGGUGGGCUUCAUCGCGCUGCGCCACGCGUUUGAGAGGGUUGCUGCUGUUCCCCUGAGCAGACUUUUAGGAGUGAGAGACAAGCUUCGCUUACGAGUCCCACCUGCACCAAGCCUGGAGGCCUUUUACAUCAGACACAGUAGACAACCUACACUAAGUGAGGUCUGCAACCUGGCAAAGCACAGUGGCCUAACCCAGAAACAAGUGCAGAUCUGGUUCCGUCACCGUAGAAACCAGGACAGGCCCAGCAACACCAAGAAGUUUUGUGAAGCGAGCUGGAGGUUUGUCUUCUACUUAGUUUCAUUCACUGCUGGACUCGCGUCUCUUAUUGAUACUCCAUGGUUUUGGGAUCAGAAAGAGUGCUGGAGGGGAUACCCACAACAGGCAGUGGAGAAAGUGCACUACUGGUAUUACCUGACUGAGCUGGGCUUCUACUGGUCUUUGCUACUGUGUGUCUCUGUGGACGUCAAAAGAAAAGAUUUCAAAGAGCAGAUCAUCCACCACUUUGCUACCAUUGUGCUGCUCGGGUUCUCGUACUGUGCCAACUACGUCCGCGUUGGCACCCUGGUCAUGCUUGUCCAUGACUCGUCUGACUUCCUGCUGGAGUCUGCAAAAAUGUUCAACUAUGCCGGCUGGAAGAAGACAUGUGAUGUGCUCUUUAUAGUGUUUGCUGUAGUGUUCCUGGUUACACGCUUGGUGAUCUUCCCCAGCAAGAUCAUCUCCACCACUCUGAUCUUGUCCAUGGAGGUGUUUGAGCCCUUUGUGGGGUAUUACUUCUUCAACGCUUUGUUGCUGGUGCUCCAAGCUUUGCACGUGUUCUGGGCAUGGCUCAUCCUCCGUAUGGCCUACAAGUUCCUCUUCCUGGGCAAGCUGGAAAAGGAUGAGCGCAGCGAUGAUGAUGAAAGUGAGGAGGAUGAGGAUGAAGGAGGAGAAGAAGAGGAGCAGACCCCCUGGAGGAAGAGGAGGAUCGUCCUAGAUUCCAAACUAGCCAUGAUGACUUCAAGUUGUGUUCUAAACAACUUGGCCAAUCAGAGAGCUAAUGUGUGCAGCACAACACCCAAAGCUAGAUAGCACUUAUCGAGAGAGAGAGAGAGAGAGAGAGAGAGAGAGAGAGAGAGAGAGAGAGAGAGAGAGAGAGAGAGAGAGAGAGAGA